AUGGCUCAAUCCGUUCCCCCAGGAGAUAUCACCACCCAGCCCAACGCCAAGGUCGUCUUCAACGCCCCCUACGACGACAAGCACACCUACCACAUCAAGGUGAGCAGAGUGGGGAGACUAGUAGAUUUAGGGACUUUGGGAUAGCCUCUGGGUACUACAGGGUCCGUUAUAUUGUAGCUUCAAAGAUGCGAUUUUAAGACACUGUAGAAAAUAUAGUGAUUUCUGAGAUACUGGAUUUUUGAAAUAGGGCAUUUUUGAGGUAAAGAUACUGUAGGAUUCUGUAGAAUAAUGAACUUAAAAUUAUCGUUAUUCAACCACUCUAACCCUCUCCUUUGCAGGUCAUCAAUGCCGGUGGUCGUCGUAUCGGAUGGGCCUUCAAGACCACCAACAUGAAGCGCCUCGGUGUUGACCCUCCAUGCGGUGUCCUCGACCCCAAGGAGUCCGUCUUGGUUGCCGUCUCCUGCGACGCCUUCAACUACGGCCAGGAAGACACCAACAACGACCGUAUCACCAUCGAAUGGACCAACACCCCCGACGGAGCCGCCAAGCAGUUCCGCCGCGAAUGGUUCCAAGGUGACGGUAUGGUCCGCAGGAAGAACUUGCCCAUUGAGUACAACCCUUAA